AUGGACAACGAAAUCCGGUAUCCCAAGGGCUUCUCUCUAGAAGACAUCCUAGCCUGGGGUAGCUUCGGGCUAGUAUGUCUCGAUUCGUCCUCCUCGACAGUCGUCAAAUCCGCACACGACGAACAGACACAACCAUUCAUUGAUGCCGAGAAGCGUGUGUACGAACGAUUCGACGAAUGCGGUGGCCACCCGGGGUUAUUAAAAUACUUUGGAGUUCACGACAACUCCAUCCGGCUUGAGUAUGCGCCCAAGCACGACUUACGGUCCUACCUCCAGCAAAACGGCAAAGCAAUUCCAUCUCGUCAGCGCCAUCAAUGGGCUUUGCAAAUCGCAGAAACCCUCGUAUUCAUACAUCAAGCAGGCGUCAUUCACGGAGAUUUGACAUGCAGUAACAUUCUCCUCGACAAAGAACUCAAUGCCAAAAUCGCCGAUUUCUCCGGCUCUUCAGUAGACAUAUCGUCUUCGCCUCUCCUCGUCCAUGUCACAGCGAGCCAUGCACACCCCGUAUACACAGGAUCAGCGAAAGGCGACUUAUUUGCGCUCGGCUCGCUCCUGUUUGAGAUUAUGACGGGAAAAUCGCCUUAUGAUACUCUUACCGAUGAGGAAAUUGAAGAGAGAUAUUCCAGAGGAGAAUUUCCAAAGACAGACGACUCUCUGGGUUUGAUCGGUGAGGUUAUUAGAGGAUGUUGGAAGGGGAUGUAUGAUAGUGGUAGUAUGCUUGUUGAAUAUCUGACAGGCAUGCGAGUCCUUGCCUUUCUACUUAAGUUGAAUAUAGGUUGCUAA